AUGUCGAUCGCGGACGCAGAUUCUCGGAUCGGGCGAAUGUUGGACGGCAUGGCGGCCGCCUUACGCCGAGACCGCCAGGAGUGGGUUAUUCGAGAAGAAAGUGCCGCCAUCGUAAAGAUCAUUACCGAGGCGGUCAAGCCGGUGUCACUCCAUCGGGCAGUGACAGAGCAGAUGGCGCUGACGCGAAACAAGCCCCUGAAGAAGGACGUGUACCGUUUCGUGCGUUGGUUGCGUGAAUUUGCCAUCGGCCAUGAGCGUUUUGUCGGCUAUGAAGAAGAAACGAAGCCGGCCGGGAAAGCUGACCCGCCGAGGAUGCCGCAAGGAAGCGGCCAAACAUUUAGGCCAGCUUCAGCGCAGGCGCCACCGAGAGCGACCCCGGCACCAUUUACGCCUCAGGCACCGACUAGUUCGACGCCUGGCAGCGGCUGCUUGAAAUGUAAGUCCACCACUCACAAGGUCCGUGAGUGUCCGUGCGACUGCUUAAAGCACAUGGCCGGAUGCUUGGCCAAAAACGUGGUGACUGGAGCCGUGGUGACGGUCGGGCUGACGCCGGCCGAGGACGAGGAACACCUGGUGGUCGUGUAG